AGAAGCGCUGCGCCCGGGCCCGUCUUGUAAUCGAAGGCACCUCGCAACUUUGGCACAGCGACUUCACAAGAUGAUCGCCGUGACGUGGACUCUUCUGCUCUCCUCGGUGGUGGUGACUGUGGGAGCUGGACCCGUGAAGCAGUCCUUCAGCCUCAACCGACGAUCCGACGGCUUCCCGUAUCCGCUGGACGAAGUCGACAAGCUCGAAGAAGACUCUCUUGCAAAGUUCCAGGCCUACCUUGCUAAGAAGAACGUCACCUCUCAUGGCUGCACGCUUGAGAAAGCGGCGAAGAGGCAGGAGUGGCACGACAUGACGGUGCCCAUGAGGGAGGAGUAUAUUAGGGCAGUUCUGUGUCUCCAGUCCAAGCCUCCGAAAGCCAAUCAGACGGAGUACCCUGGUGUCAUGAACCGCUACGAUGACUUCGUCUUGACGCACGAGACGCAGGCUUUCCAUCUCCAUUCCACUCCGCAUCUGUUUCCGGCACAUCGUCUCUACAUCUGGGCUUAUGAGAAGGCACUGCGCGAGGAGUGUGGUUAUACCGGUUACCAACCCUAUUGGAACUGGGGCCGCACCGCGGCCGACCCAGCAAACUCUCCCCUCUUCAACGGCAACAUGUCCAGCAUGGGUGGCAACGGCCUCAAGACUAACUACCCCGGUGUACCAACCAUGGGAUUUACGCCGCCGUACGAUAUGAUCCCCGCCGACGUCGGCGGCGGAUGUGUCACUGAAGGACCGUUCAAGAACAUGACAGUCAGUCUCGGCCCCAUCGGCGGUGUCCUCACCGACAUCCCCAAGAACCCGCAUCCCCGUGGCUACGGGGCGAACCCGCGCUGCCUCCGCCGCGACGUAAACAAAUACGCCGCCGGCCAGACCUAUGCCAACUACACCUACGCACUCAUCACCGAGUCCAAGGACAUCGACACCUUCCAGGCGCACAUGCUCGGCCAGCCGGAGAAGAACGACUGGGGCGUCCAUAUGGCAGGUCACUACACGAUCGGUGGUGAUCCCGGCGGUGAUUUCUACUCCUCGCCCGGCGACCCGGUAUUCUGGUUCCACCACGGCAUGGUGGACCGCAUCUGGUGGAUCUGGCAGAUGCAGGACCCUGAGAACCGCAUGAAUGUGCUGCCGGAAAAUCCGCCGCAGGAUGACUUCGUCGACUUAAACUGGACGGCUAGCAAGGUGAACACGUGGGAUCUCAAUGACAGCAUUGGAGGAAAUGGGGGCGAGUUCUGCUAUAUCUAUGUUUAGAGUGCCGGAACGGCGCUAGGCUCUGCCGAUAGAAACGCGAAGUAGUAGUGCCGUUAGAG